GUGUAGGGGCGACUGUGCGUCGUGUCGCUAAGAGCUUCGUGAUGGCUCUUCUCAGACGUUUGGCCGUGAACGCGCCGCGAAAUGUACGUGUGCUGUCUGCCGGCCCGCCGGCGCCGCCUGUGCGCGACGACCUGGAUCUCGCCUUCAACAGCCCGAAGGAUGCCUUCAAGAGCAAGAAGACGAGCGAACUGGUGCGAGCCUACCUCGUCUACCAGAUAUGCUCCAUCAAUUGGAUCGUAGAGAACAACGACAUGUUGAUGAAGAGGCUGCGCCAGGUAGUCGGUAAGAGGCUGUUCGAGGUCAUUAUGAAGGCCACCUUCUACGGACAGUUCGUGGCCGGCGAGGACCAGAAUAAGAUAAAGCCAACUGUUGAGAGAUUGCGAUCCUUCGGUGUGAAGUCUAUCCUCGACUACUCCGUUGAAGAGGAUCUGUCUCAAGAAGAGGCCGAGAAGAGAGAAGUCAGUGCAUCAGUGUCGACGUACGGCGACAACAAGGAGGAGGGUCAUCUGAAGCAAUACCACGUGGAGCAGCGGUUCGCUGAUCGGCGGUACAAGGUCACCAGCGCGAGGACAUACUUCUACCUGAAUGAGGCCGCCUGCGAGAGGAACACUGAGGCCUUCCUGAAGAGCAUAGACGCUGUGGCUGGUAUUACGAAGAGCACAGGCCUUAUGGCAGUGAAACUAACUGCUUUGGGAAGGCCACAGUUAUUGCUCCAGCUGUCUGAGGUGAUAAUGCGCGCGCGCAGCUACAUGCAGCAGAUAGCUGGCGGCACCGGCAACGUGCUCACCCACCAUAAGACGAUAGAGGACCUGCAGCGCUAUUUCGGUGACAACACCUGCAAGCCAGAGGUGCAGGACUUCAUGAAGAAGAUUACCUCCGACAAGGAAGGAAUCGUCCAUCUGUUCCCCUGGUCCAUGAUCCUGGACGAGGACAUGGGCCUGUCGGACACGUUCCGGGUGCCGGACCCGCGCACAGGCCAGAUGCGGCGCCUCAUCUCGCAGAUAUCGCCCAAGGAGGAGGAGAUGUUCCGCAACAUGCUGAGGCGGCUUAACCACAUCAUUCAGGUUGCAAAUGAGAAAGACGUAAGAAUCAUGAUCGACGCCGAGCAAACUUACUUCCAGCCGGCCAUAUCGCGCAUUUGCGUCGAGAUGAUGAGGAGAUACAACAAAGACAAAUACCUCGUGUUCAACACUCACCAGACGUAUCUGAAGAAUACCUACAAUGAGAUAGUGACGGACCUGGAGCAGGCGGCGCGCCAGAACUUCUACUGGGGGGCUAAAUUAGUGCGCGGCGCUUAUAUAGAGCAGGAGCGCGCCCGUGCGGCCGCGAUGGGCUACGAGGACCCCACGUGCGAGUCCGUGGACGCCACCACCGCCUCCUUCCACAAGUGCCUCACCGAAGUACUCGGCAGGGUCAAGUCAUCAAAGAUCGGCAUCGGAAUAAUGGUGGCGUCACACAACGAGGACACGGUGCGGUACGCCAUCGAGCUGAUGAGACAACACGACAUCCGCCCCGACGAGAAAGUGGUCUGCUUCGGACAGCUGUUGGGCAUGUGUGACCACAUCACCUUCCCGCUAGGCCAAGCCGGCUACUCUGCGUACAAGUACGUACCGUACGGGCCCGUGGUCGAAGUGCUGCCAUACUUGUCGAGGCGCGCGAACGAAAACCGCGGCUUCCUCGCCAAGAUCAAGAAGGAGAAAGGUCUGAUUAUGAAGGAAAUCAUACGCCGCGUGGUCACAGGAAAUAUGUUCUAUAAGCCGGUGGGCAACUACACUCCAGUGUAAGUUGAUCCUUGUGUUCGCGGUGUUUAGAGCCCAGUUUGCGUUGCACGUCAAUUCUAGUGUCGUCGUCGUCGGCCGAGACCCGUUAUUAUGAGGGAUUUAAACGGCUGUCUGUUAAGAAUGGAAUGAAGGAAUGUGUGAUAUUGAUUACUUUUUUGUUUAAGUGAUGAUUACCUACGUGUAGCGUGUCUGUGCCUCCUUUGUUCGAGAACUUUCGGUAAAGAUACUUCCGUUGAAUCUAUUCGAGUUUUGAUUUAAGACGUGUUGGUAUACACCACAAGUAAAUGUAUAUGUCUGAAUAUUAAAUUCUAUCUUUUUCAUGCAAUAGAAAGUAACUUUGAUAUUUCUCUUAUUAUUCGUUCUAACAGGUCAUCACAUUUCAAGCAAUCAACAUAGUAUGUGGUAAGACCACUAAGCAAACUUAUUUUUGGUCACCAGUUAUUAAAUAGGUAGUCAAAAUCUUAUGGUUUUAUAUAAAAUAUAUAAAAUUUUAUCUAAUCUUGUUUGAAAAUAUAGACAUAUAUUUAACAUACCACUAUACUGUACGAGUUACUAAGAUUUGUACGGAAGUAGCCAUUCCUAGCCGAACUAAUCACGAAAAAGGGGGUGAAAUAAAGGCUUUCUGUGCAAUUCCUAAGCGGGCGUUCGAAUGAGUAUUAACUGAGCCGAUCUAAACCUCAUUGCUAUGGACUUGAAUAUUUGAGCAGGGCGCACGUUGUGCCUGUGAAAGACGGUAGAUACCCGUCGUUAAAACACAGCAUUCGUUUAUGUGCAGCCGGUAUAAUGCGAUUCGAACUUUAUGAUGUUUGUGAAGUUAGCAGCGAGUCUACAGGUGUUAGUUGUGAAAACCGCGAUUUGCACUAACUUCACAACCGUCGUUAAGUUUCCAUAGUAUUAAACAUUCAUCUCGCUUGUACAACAGUCUGAAUUGGAAAUUAAAUAGGUUUAUUAAGUUACAUCAAAGCAGCAAGGCAGUUUUACGUAGUGCAGUUUUUGGCCAUAGUAAUUUUAUUAUGACCAUUUACAAUGCACCACGAUAAAGUACCAAUGCUAUAGUUUUUUGAAAACCAUACCGCUAUUGUGCUUAUUCUUAAAUCUUAAGAAAAAGAAAUCGAAUCCUUCCAUUGAUAAUCUGUUCAAAGAAUUUCACCUUUAUGCAAGACUAUGAUGUUGCGUUUUUCUCCUAAAAGUGGGGGGGAAAUGAGUAAUACUUUCAGUUUAAUUGUGCAUGGGAGAUGAUCGAGAAAUGCUUAGUUAGUUUCUGUUAAUUUAUUACAAUAAUCUUUAUUUAUUAUUUUUGAUCAACGCUUGUUUGUGUAGUGUUUAAAAUUUAGGUCGCGUCGCU